UAUAGAGUUAUUAAAUCCUUUUUAAAAUGACAUUUUUGGCCAUUAGGAAAAAAGCAGAAAUAAAGUUUCACUAAGAAUCUUUAGACGCUCCUAAAAACCUCUAGUCCCUGCUGCUAUCUGCACUCUAGGGGAUCAUCUAGGAAUAGUGAUUUUUUUUCCUGAGGUCUGAUUGGUCAGUAAGUGGGAUUUUCCUGCCAUUGAGUCUCUAAUUAGGAAAAUAAGAUGCCCUGGAGCAAGUUAGGUCUGCUACAUUGUGAUGUACCUUAGUAAAUGAAGCAACUUCAAAAUCCUGAAAUAUGAGUUAAACCUGAAGUUAAUCUGUAGCUCUGAGCAGGUCUGGGAUUAUUUUGGGGGUGAAUCCAGUUUGUGAAACAGCUCUUCAGCAUUUGUUUGUGUGAUACAGCUUCAUGUGACUCCACCUGCAACAUUAGAGCAGUGAAGAGGUGGACCGGUCAACAAGCUCUGAUAGCAGCUUCCUAAAAUAAAACACCCCCACCCCCACGCUGGGGUCAGACUAGAUUACAGACAGACAGCUGGAGAACAGACGGAGGAAAGGACGAAGCUGAAACUCAAAGGAAACACUGGAUUUCUGACAGUGUGCCAUCAUGGCAGGACCCAGGAUCUCUCGCUCCACAUCAUCUGCUUCCAGUCUGACCUCUGACGAUUAUUCUCUCUACAGUAAUCUGAGUGAAGAAGAGCUGCUGCAGCUUGCAAUUGAGCGCAGCCUAACUGACAGACAUGGCAACACCACCAACACCACCGAAUCCAACACCAUCACCGCCAACAACACCAUCAGUGCCAGUACCCCCAGCUGUGUCCAGCCUUCUCAUUGUCCUGACAAACUGAACCCAGCAGCCAUAAACACAAACCAGCCAAGCCACAGAGCUCAAAAUUCAUUUCAAGCACAGACCACAGCACACUACAGCUCACCAAACCCCCCACCUCAAAAGCCUCCUGAUCCGAAGACAUUUGAUGGGAUAAUCAGUCUGUUUGUCACGGGUUCUGGGAAGAGGAUGGUGGCAUAUCGCAGACAUGAUGGCAGUCUGGUCCACAUCUGUCCUGAACCUGAAGAGGAGGAGGAACCUUUGUUCAAAGCAAUCCGUGAAGGUGAUGCAAGCAGAGUGAAAGCACUUGCAAUGUGCCCGGGAACAAACUUGAUGCUGCCGAGUAAACCGGGCUGGCUGGCAGUUCACCAGGCAGCGUGGUUCGGCAAGGAAACCUGUCUGCGCAUGCUGCUGGCAGCUCAGCCUGGGAUGAUCAACAAGAGGACAGAACGUGGCGAGACAGCACUGCUGGUUGCCGUCAGUAGAGAGCAUCUGGGAUGCGUUGAGAUGCUCCUGGGAAGAGGAGCUGAUCCUGACAUCCCAAACUAUGACAAAGAGACACCACUGUACAAAGCCUGUGAGAGGGGCAACCCAGCAAUUGUGGCAGUGUUGCUAAACCACGGAGUAGUGGUGAACACUCGCUGCAUUCAAGGGUGGACGGCACUACAGGAAGCUGUUAGCCGAAACAACCUGGAGAUCUGUGAGAUGCUCCUGAAGGCCGGCGCCAAACACAGCAUCAGCAACAUGUAUGGCAUCACACCACUCUUCACCGCAGCUCAGAGUGGGCAGCUCGCCACGCUGCGUUUUCUGCUCAAACAUGGUGCUGACAUCAACAGCCAGGCAGCUGAUGGCGCGACAGCUUUGUAUGAAGCCACUAAAAAUGGACACGAACAAGUCGUUGAGCUUCUCAUUUCCCAGAAUGCUGAUGCCAACAAACCAUCAAAGAGGGGACUGCUACCUCUUCAUGUUGCUGCCCAGAGAGGAAGUGACACCAUAGUCUCCAUGUUGAUCCCGGCCACCAGUAAGGCCAGAGUCCGGCGGACUGGCAUUAGCCCUCUGCACAUGGCAGCAGAGCGUAACCGUGAUGAUGUCCUGGAGACUCUAAUCGGGGCAGGGUUCGAUGUCAACGCCCAACUAUCAGAGGAGUGGUCUAGGUUGUACGAGGACCGCCGUAGUACGGCACUCUACUUUGCUGUUAUCAACGACAACAUCGAUGCUGUGCAAAUGCUCCUGACUGCUGGCGCUAACCCAAACUUGGAUGUGUUCAAGCCUCUGAUGGUAGCAGCAAGGCAGGGCUGCAUCCAGACCAUCACACUGCUUGUAGAACACGGCGCUGAGAUCAACGCUACCAUCCCCACCCACCCCACUACUUUCCCUGCCGUGUACAUGUUCUCAAUGAAGUACCUGCCUAUGUUCAAGUACCUGCUAGACCAUGGAGGCAAUGCCCUUUCCUGCUUCAAUUGUGUGUAUGGCAGUCGUCCUCACCCACCAAUCAAAACCAGUCGAACAGAGAGGGAUGAACUCCAUGAUAUCGACCAAGCUGUCCCAAGAAGAGGCAUUCAGUUCUGUGAGAUGAUCUCCGUCCCCAGUAUCUGUCGAUGGGCGGGGCCAAUUAUUGAUGUCUUGUUGGAUUACGUCGGCCAUGUGACUCUUUGCUCCAGACUGAUGGAACACCUGGACAGUUACUCUGAAUGGACCUGCAUAAAGGAGAAAGCGGCUCCACCGCGCCCACUGCUGCAGCUCUGCAGGCUGCAGAUUCUUCACCUGGUUGGUUGCCGUCGGUUGAAGAAGUUGCCACUCCCUGGGGGUCUGAUCCGCUUCCUGCAGCAUCAGGAGUUGAUGUAGAUUGACUGAUGUUUAUAAUCUGGAUGGUUUGACCGAGAGUUAUUGAUUAGCUCUGAUUUUUUUUAAUUGGUACCCUGAUGGUGCUGGAGACAGCAGUGGUAAUCCACUCUUAAUGCUGCACGAACCUUUUUUUUAGUUUGGAUUUUGAGUAAAGAAAUGCCACAUGUCAAACCCCAGGGGGCACAAAGACUUGGCCUAAACAGCCAAGAUGACUCU